UUCCUGGGAGUAAAUGAAGAAGUCUCUUCAUAGUGUUUUAUGGUCACCCUCAGAGCCCAAAUCCUGUUUUCACUAUAGCAAUUGGGUGGUUGGGUGUUUAUUCAUCUAAAUAAAUAUCCAUUUAUCUAUUUACAAAGAAAACAGAAAGAAUGAUGGCAAAAGUAAAUCUUACGAGUUACCUGGUGGAUUGCAUUAUGCCACAUUUACUGAACUCAACUUUACUUCAACAUUUACAAAGCCAGUUUUGAUUAGCUCUUUAAUCCUGAUUAUCAGGUAGACUUCAGUCUACUAACCCAGGUCCAGUGGUGAUUAUUAGGGAGAUUUAUAGCCACAGAUACCACAAAAUUGUACAAUGUAGCUGUUUAGGAAUUCUUGGGGGUGGGGGGUAUUAUUUAAGAAGGUAAAUCUUUCUCCUGUUUGUCAUAUAAUAUACCAGGUAACAGCUAGAGGCUGAGGUCAAGCGAUGUACAGUCCUUUACUAUGAACCUUUAAGUAUAAAUAUAUAAGAUAAUCUUACUUUUGGAAGAGCACAUUAAAAUUAGAAGGUUCGUAGUGACGUUUAUAUGAUAGAGAUUAUCACACGGCCUGAGCAAUCCGGAGUGGCCUACAACUUUCAUCUUGCUGUCGGAGUUUCUUUCUUGAACUUAAUUAUUCGCAAAGCAAAUCCAUUCACACAUAUCAAAGAUGAAUGGGACUGCCUGCUUGGCAAGCAUAAGCAUGUUUUAAAAGCGAUUCCAAAGAUUCACAAAGAUCAACUGUUAAACACAUUAACAGGAAAGCAGAACUAUUUCUGGCGGUUUCUCUAAAUCUAAGCUCUGGAGGGAUUCCUGAUUCCUGAUUGCAUUGUGCCCCGUAGUGCCCCCCCCCCCCCCCGUUCACCGGGAGCCACAUUUUGUGAAUGGGAAAACAGGGUGAAGCAUGAGGCUUCUGUUGAAAGAGCCUCCAUGUUUAGCAUAGGAAUGAUGGUCAUCACUGUGCUCUCAGCUCUUCUGAUGCUCUUUAAAUACUUGUUUCACUUCUAGAAAAGGACAGGGCUUUGGUUUUGGGGGUCUUCCCUUUGCACAUAUUAAUUGACCUGGUUUGAAAGGGCAGUAGAAGGUGAAUGUCAGAGGCCGGCUGUUUCCAGGUCUAACCUUGUGGCCCUGUCUGUGUCCCCAGCAGCUCACUGCUUCUGAGGACCUUCUUCCCGGGAUGGGACGUUUUCUCACCCUGUCUGCCUGCAUAUGUGCUUUCCUGUCACUCUCAGCACCCAGCCUUGUGCUAUUUCGUCGUUGUGGACAUUUGAUUACACUUGCUGUUUAUUUCUGCUUUCAACCUAGUGCCUCAGCCAGAGCCCUCCCACUCUCUGAUACUCCCUGAAUUCCAACCCUAAGCUGAGUCAUUUAUCAUAACCUUUGAGGAGCCUUUUGAAAUUCGCUUUAGUUCUUUUUGCAAGCAUUUUGAAUGACCUAUAGGUCUUCUCGUUCCACUGAAAUCCUGAGUAAAGUCAUAAUGUACUGUUCUGUUUUAUGCUCCUGUGCUCAUUAAGUAUUAUCUGGUCAGUGUGGCAUAGGUCAUUUAAGGAAAUAUUUGUGAUCAUUUUGAUUUUAUAAGCAUGCUUUUUUCCCUCUGCUUCCAUUUUACAAAGAUUGUAUCUCUGUUUUUAUUCCGGUUGCGCAAAUGUUCACAUUGAAUUCAUCUGUGCCACCGUAUUGCAAGUAUAAUAACCCUGAAGAUAUAUUUCAGUUAUCUGUUUUAGGAUUGCAUUUUUUUAUGUGGACAUUUUUUUUAUCUGUGUUGGAAGCAACAGGUUAGUGGCAGCAAAGAAUUUCCUAUUCCCCUGUGCUAUGUAACAGCAACUAACAUUUGAGUAUUUAGUGUUUGAAGGCACUGCCUCUUAAUUGUCUCGUAAGUUACCAACAUCAUCCUCAUUUAUAUAGAUAGGGAAAUCGAGACAUGAUGUGGUUAAGGAAUUUGCCCAAGGUCACUUUGUAAAUAAGUGGCAGAACCAGAAUUUGAACCCAUGUAUCUGGCUCCAGAACCCACAUGCCCAGCCAGCAUGCUCCUCUUCCUUCCCCAUCUCUUUGGAAUAUGUAUAUUUUUUAAUGUUUAUUUAUUUUUGAGGCAGAGCGCACGUGCGUGCACAAGUGGGGGAGGGGCAGAGAGAGAGAGGGAGACAAAGGGUCUGAACCGGGCUCCAGGCUCCAAGCUGUCAGUACAGAGCCCGGUGUGAGGCUCGAACCCACGAACCGUGAGAUCAUGACGUGAGCCGAAGUCAGACGCUCAACCGACUGAGCCACCGAGGUGCCCCUGUGUAACCACUUUGAAACCACUUGGUAAUUUCCAGGCUCUCUGAAAGAAGGUAAUUAGAAUGAAAAGGUCAGAAUGCCUCUGAAUUUUGAACAUCAAAAGUACACCCAUUAGAAGAUAUUUAUGACACGGUUAAACUUUGAGACUCUAGUCGUGGUCAAAUCAUAUCCUCAUCUCAGCUCAUAGCUUGAUGAUCCUUGGUGAUCUCAAAUGCCUCUAAAUGGUAUAGUGAUUAUGGGGCCAGGCUGUUUAGUCAGAUGAUGAGUCAUAUUGAUUUGUCUGUACUCCUGUCACUCUGUCCAUCUAUUUUUCUAUCCAUCUACAGAAGUCUUCAUCUCUUUAUAACACACACUCAGGUGUGGCUUAUCCUAUUAAUUUUUUUUUAAUGUUUAUUUACUUUUGAGAGAGAGAGGGAGGCACAGAAUCCAAAGCAGGCUCCAGCCUCUGAGCUGUCCGCACUGAGCCCAACGCAGGGCUCGAACUCACAGACUGUGAGAUCAUGACCUGAGCCGAAGUCGGACGCUUCACCGACUGAGCCACCCAGGCGCCCCUAGGUGUGGCUUAUCCUUAUUGAGGAAGCAAAUCACGAAUGUAUACUCAAAGUAUCAGACACAGAGGUCUAAGAAUCAAUGGCUAAUCACCUUGAGGGGGGAAGCCAAUAUGUAAAGGUUUGCCAGUUUUAUGUAUCUACAGCCCUCUGAAUGUUACAGGGUCUCUUGAUGAGACGGCUGAAUUUGGCAUAGUUGAACCUUCAGUUUACUUUCACGGAGACUCGUGCAGGUAAUUUCAGUCCAGGAGAACAGCAGUUGGGAAUAAACUGAGAUGCGUGGAAAAUGAGGAGGGAGACCAGUUUGGUAGGAGCGGAGCCUUCUCGCCGGGGAUGACUAGUAGAAAAUGUAGUUGGAAUGACUAGGAAAGGUCAGGCUGUGUUAGAGAAGCCCUGAAACCAAGCACAGUACAUGACUACAAGUAAAAUCCUGUCACUGUAUCCAGAUUCCGGUUUGGUAGCACGGCACGUGUGAAAUAUAUAAUCGACGUGGAAAUGAAUUUGAUCAUAGUCGGGAUUAAAAGAGGCCAGAGUUACCCAAGGCUCUGACGUGCAUCAACCUGGAAAUCUUCCCAGACCAACUCUCCCUGGCCCUAGUCAGUCUCUGCAUUUCAGCAGCCCCCCUUCUUCCUUCCUGCUUCCGUGGUCACGUAGUGUGCCUCGCAUGGCUUUGGACACUCCCUUCGCUUCCGUCCUUCCCGUGUUCUCCUGUCAACCCCGUGAGAUGAGACGCCUGCAUUGGGGUGCGACCCCAGCUCAGAGGCCAGUGGGAGGUAGCAUGCAGAGGACCAAGGAGCUAAGUGAUUGGGGUGUCCUCCAGUCUGCCCCUGCUUGCUGACUAGAGACCUGCCAUGGUGGUGACUGGUGAAAGAUGUGCUGGAGAAGAGAAAAGAGUUGGUACACGCACAGUGUUUGUUGGCAAUCAUCCAGUUUCAGAAACAGAAGCUUACAUUGCACAGAGAUUUUGUGAUAAUAGAAUAGUCUCAUCUAAGUAUACACUUUGGAACUUCCUCCCAAAGAAUCUGUUUGAACAGUUUAGAAGAAUUGCAAAUUUCUAUUUUCUCAUCAUUUUCCUUGUACAGGUCACGGUAGACACGCCAACGAGCCCCGUUACCAGUGGACUUCCGCUUUUCUUUGUCAUAACUGUUACAGCCAUCAAGCAGGGAUAUGAGGAUUGGCUGAGACACAGAGCUGACAAUGAAGUCAACAAAAGCACUGUUUACAUUAUUGAAAAUGCAAAGCGAGUGAGAAAAGAGAGUGAAAAAAUCAAGGUUGGUGAUGUGGUAGAAGUACAGGCAGAUGAAACCUUCCCCUGUGAUCUUAUUCUUCUGUCGUCCUGUACCAGUGAUGGGACCUGCUACGUUACCACGGCCAGUCUUGACGGGGAAUCCAAUUGCAAGACACAUUAUGCAGUGCGUGAUACCAUUGCGCUAUGUACAGCCGAAUCCAUUGAUACCCUCCGAGCAGCAAUUGAAUGUGAACAGCCUCAACCUGACCUCUACAAGUUUGUUGGGCGGAUCAAUAUCUAUAGUAAUAGUCUUGAGGCGGUCGCCAGGUCUUUGGGACCAGAAAAUCUCUUGUUGAAAGGAGCUACCCUAAAAAACACCAAGAAGAUAUAUGGAGUUGCUGUUUACACUGGGAUGGAAACCAAAAUGGCUUUGAACUACCAAGGGAAAUCUCAGAAACGUUCUGCUGUUGAAAAAUCCAUUAACGCCUUCCUGAUUGUGUAUUUAUUCAUCUUACUGGCCAAAGCUGCAGUGUGCACGACUCUAAAGUAUGUUUGGCAAAGUACCCCAUAUAACGAUGAACCUUGGUAUAACCAAAAGACUCAGAAAGAGCGGGAGACUUUGAAGGUUUUGAAAAUGUUCACUGACUUCCUGUCAUUCAUGGUUCUAUUCAACUUCAUCAUUCCUGUCUCCAUGUAUGUCACAGUAGAAAUGCAGAAAUUCUUGGGCUCUUUCUUCAUUUCAUGGGAUAAGGAUUUCUAUGAUGAAGAAAUUAAUGAAGGAGCCCUGGUCAACACAUCAGACCUUAAUGAAGAACUUGGGCAGGUGGAUUAUAUAUUUACAGACAAGACUGGAACGCUCACGGAAAACAGCAUGGAAUUCAUCGAGUGCUGCAUAGACGGCCACAAGUAUAAAGGCGUAGCUCCGGAGACUGAUGGACUCUCUCAAACUGACGGGCCCUUAACGUAUUUUGACAAAGCAGAUAAGAACCGAGAAGAACUCUUUCUGCGUGCCUUGUGUUUAUGUCAUACUGUAGAAGUUAAAACAAGUGAUGCUGUGGAUGGGCCUCCCGAAUCAGCGGAAUUGACGUAUAUGUCCUCUUCGCCAGAUGAAAUCGCUUUGGUGAAAGGAGCGAAAAAGUACGGGUUCACGUUUGUAGGAAUUCGGAAUGGCCAUAUGAGAGUAGAGAACCAAAGAAAAGAAAUAGAAGUGUACGAACUCCUUCAUACCUUAAACUUCGAUUCUGUCCGCCGUCGUAUGAGUGUAAUUGUGAAAACUCAAGCAGGAGACAUACUUCUCUUUUGUAAAGGAGCAGACUCUGCGGUUUUCCCCAGGGUGCAAAAUCAUGAAAUUGAGUUAACUAAAGCCCAUGUGGAACGUAAUGCUAUGGACGGGUAUCGGACACUUUGUGUAGCCUUCAAAGAAAUCGCUCCAGAUGAUUAUGAAAGAAUUAACAGACAGCUCAUUGAGGCGAAGAUGGCCUUACAAGACAGAGAAGAAAAAAUGGAAAAGGUUUUUGAUGAUAUUGAGACAAAUAUGAAUUUAAUUGGAGCCACUGCAGUGGAAGACAAGCUACAAGAUCAAGCAGCCGAGACCAUUGAAGCUCUGCAUGCAGCAGGUCUGAAAGUCUGGGUGCUUACUGGGGACAAGAUGGAGACGGCCAAAUCCACCUGCUAUGCGUGCCGCCUUUUCCAAACCAGCACUGAGCUCUUGGAACUGACUACAAAAACCAUCGAAGAAAGUGAAAGGAAGGAGGAUCGAUUACAUGAAUUGUUGAUAGAAUAUCGGAAGAAGUUGCUGCAUGAUUUUCCUAAAAGUACUAGAAGCCUUAAAAAAGCAUGGACAGAACAUCAGGAAUACGGAUUAAUCAUCGAUGGCUCCACAUUGUCGCUCAUACUCAAUUCCAGCCAGGACUCCAGCUCUAACAACUACAAAAGCAUUUUCUUACAGAUCUGUAUGAAGUGUACCGCAGUGCUCUGUUGCCGGAUGGCCCCGCUGCAGAAAGCCCAGAUUGUCAGAAUGGUGAAGAAUUUGAAGGGCAGCCCGAUAACACUGUCGAUAGGCGACGGUGCCAACGAUGUUAGUAUGAUCUUGGAAUCCCACGUGGGAAUAGGUAUUAAAGGCAAAGAAGGUCGCCAAGCAGCCAGGAAUAGCGAUUAUGCCGUUCCGAAGUUUAAACAUUUAAAGAAAUUGCUACUGGCUCACGGACAUCUAUAUUACGUGAGAAUAGCACACCUUGUACAGUAUUUCUUCUACAAGAACCUUUGUUUCAUUUUGCCACAAUUUUUGUACCAGUUCUUCUGUGGAUUCUCACAACAGCCGCUGUAUGAUGCCGCUUACCUUACAAUGUACAAUAUCUGCUUCACAUCCUUGCCCAUCCUGGCCUACAGCCUACUGGAACAGCACAUCAACAUUGACACCCUGGCCUCAGAUCCCCGACUGUAUAUGAAAAUCUCUGACAAUGCCAUGCUCCAGUUGGGGCCCUUCUUAUAUUGGACGUUUCUGGCUGCAUUUGAAGGGACAGUGUUCUUCUUUGGGACCUACUUUCUCUUUCAGACUUCAUCCCUGGAAGAAAAUGCAAAGGUAUAUGGAAACUGGACUUUUGGAACCAUUGUUUUUACAGUCUUAGUAUUCACUGUAACUCUGAAGCUCGCCUUGGAUACUCGUUUCUGGACGUGGAUAAAUCACUUUGUGAUUUGGGGUUCUUUAGCCUUUUAUGUAUUUUUCUCAUUCUUCUGGGGAGGAAUUAUUUGGCCUUUUCUCAAACAACAGAGAAUGUAUUUCGUAUUUGCUCAAAUGCUAUCUUCUGUAUCUACAUGGUUGGCCAUAGUUCUUCUAAUAUUUAUCAGCCUUUUCCCUGAGAUUCUCCUGAUAGUCUUAAAGAAUGUCAGAAGAAGAAGUGCCAGGAGAAAUCUGAGCUGUAAAAGGGCAUCUGACUCAUUAUCCGCCAGACCUUCAGUCAGACCUCUUCUUUUACGAACAUUCUCAGACGAAUCUAAUAUAUUGUAACAGAAUCCGAAUCUUGAACUGCCUAUGUUAUUGUCCUACAAGCAUAUUGACAGUGGUUACAGCUAAAAAAGAAAGCACGAAGACACAACUACGAAAAGUUGUCAUCUCAGGAUACGCAAUAUGCAACAAACUAAACCCCUCUCUUGUGUCUGGGGUUCAGAAUAAAUGUCCAUUACAAUACCAAAUGACUCUCUUAAGCAUUUACAGUUAUCGUAAGUAGCCGUUAUGGCCAAAGCUCUAAGUUAUGAAUCCUAUGAAAGUUGAAAGCAAGAAGAAUAAUUAGAAUGUCUGGCUUUAGAUAGACGACUAUAACUACCAAGUGGGUGCUCUUUUAACCCAUGAACUCUGUGAAUGGAUUUAAAUAUAAUAGUAUAAAGUAGAAGUCAUACAAUGGGAAUGAAUAGAUUUUGCUAAUACUACUUUUUUUGCCUGGCAGAAGACAUAGGCUGUUUGGAUCACGUUUCUU